AUGCAGACUAAUGCAGGGGAAAUGUUCCAAGAUCUGCUGCUGACAUUUAGGAAGCACAAGCCACCCUCCUUUCAGGGAGGACACGAUCCAAUAGUAGCUGUGCAGUGGCUACAGGCCAUGGACAAAAUAUUCAGAGUGGUUCAAUGCACCGAUGAUCAAAAGGUGCUAUUCUCAGUAUAUAUGUUGGAAGGAGACGCCCAUCAUUGGUGGGCUAAUGCGUCCCAACCCUUGGUGAUGCAAAAUGUGGCAAUUUCGUGGGCCAUGUUCGAAGAAAUGUUCUUGGAAAAGUAUUUCCCGAUGUCAAUCCGGGAUAGCAAGCAAGGCGAGUUUGAUCGACUCGUGCAAGGAACCAUGACGGUGGAUCAGUAUCAUGCUAAAUUCAACGAACUACUCCGACUGGCAACUUACCGAGGAACUAUGCCCAUGCUAGACUUCCUGGCAGCAAAAUUUCAAAGGGGUUUAUCCGCUAGGAUUGCGGAACUGGUAGCUGGCAACGACCCCUGUGACCUAGCCACCCUG